UGUCCUUGAGCAAAAAUGGAAGCUAUCAAGAAAAAGAUGCAGAUGUUGAAGUUAGACAAGGAGAAUGCCAUUGACAGAGCAGAGCAGGCUGAGACAGAUAAAAAAGCAGCUGAGGACAAAUGCAAGCAGGUAGAGGAUGAGCUGGUAGCUCUGCAGAAGAAGUUGAAAGGAACUGAAGAUGAGCUGGAUAAAUACUCAGAGGCUCUCAAAGACGCCCAGGAAAAACUGGAGCAGGCUGAGAAGAAGGCCACUGAUGCUGAAGGUGAGGUGGCAGCUCUGAACAGACGCAUCCAGCUCGUUGAAGAGGAGCUGGAUCGUGCCCAGGAACGACUGGCCACAGCGCUGCAGAAACUGGAGGAGGCUGAGAAAGCAGCAGAUGAGAGCGAGAGAGGAAUGAAGGUUAUUGAGAACAGAGCAAUGAAAGAUGAAGAGAAAAUGGAAAUUCAGGAAAUGCAGUUGAAGGAGGCCAAGCACAUUGCUGAAGAAGCUGACCGCAAGUAUGAGGAGGUUGCCCGUAAACUGGUCAUUUUGGAGGGUGAACUGGAAAGAGCUGAGGAGCGUGCAGAGGUGUCUGAAGUGAAAUGUAGUGACCUUGAAGAGGAGUUAAAGAACGUCACAAACAACCUGAAAUCUUUGGAAGCUCAGUCUGAAAAGUACUCAGAAAAAGAAGAUAAAUAUGAAGAAGAAAUCAAGAUUCUCUCUGACAAGCUGAAAGAAGCUGAAACUCGUGCGGAAUUUGCCGAGAGAACUGUUGCCAAACUGGAAAAGUCUAUUGAUGACCUGGAAGAAAAACUUGCUCAAGCCAAGGAGGAGAACUUGGGCUUGCACCAGACACUGGACCAGACGCUAAAUGAACUGAACUGUAUAUGAGAGGCGCAGAGCUGACAGCAGCCAACGGGAACCAGCCCUGUCCCUGUAUCGCCCCUCUCUCCUUUCUCUCUCUGUAUCCUGGAAAAGCCAAUUAAGUUAUGACCAGCACAGCCACACGAUGGGCUCUGGGCAGCCCCCGGGAGCCGCUGCCCUGCACGGCCUGUGCCUGGCUGUUCCUCACGGUUCGUUAGUCCUUUCGUGUAAACCCCAGUAGAAGCUGCACCCGAGCGGUGGCGCCGUCUGCGCGGGCACCUGUCCCUGCCGUUUCAUAUUAAACAAUUUCUCACAGUC